AUGAACCAGACAUGGAUCACUGAGGUCAUUCUACUGGGAUUCCAGGUUGACCCCUCUCUGGAGAUGCUCCUGUUUGGGCUGUUUUUGCUGUUCUACUGCCUCACGUUGAUGGGAAAUGGGAUUAUCCUGGGGCUCAUCUGCCUGGAUGCUAGGCUGCACACUCCCAUGUACUUCUUCCUCUCACAUCUGGCCAUAGUUGACAUGUCCUACGCCUCCAGCACUGCCCCUAAGAUGCUGACAAAUAUGGUGAUGCACCAAAAAAGCAUCUCCUUUGCUUCAUGCAUACUUCAGACAUUUUUGUAUCUGGCUUUUGCAGUGACAGAGUGUUUGAUUCUGGUAGUGAUGUCAUAUGAUCGCUUUGUAGCUAUCUGUCAUCCUUUGAAAUACACACUGAUCAUGAGCUGGAGAGUAUGCUCCAUCCUGGCUGCUACUUGCUGGGUGUUUAGCUUCCUCUUGGCCUCACUCCAUAUCACGCUCAUUCUAAGACUCCCAUUCUGUGGGCCACAAAAAGUCAACCAUUUUUUCUGUCAAAUCAUGUCAGUAUUCAGAUUAGCCUGUGCAGACACAAGACUCAAUCAAGUCGUUCUUUUUGCAGGCUCUGUGAUGGUCUUACUGGGGCCCCUGUGCUUGGUGUUAGUCUCCUAUACACGAAUCCUGGUGGCCAUUCUCGGAAUCCACUCAGGGGAGGGUCGCAGAAAGGCCUUCUCCACCUGUUCUUCCCACCUCUGUGUGGUUGGGCUCUUUUUUGGCUGUGCUAUCGCCAUGUACAUGGCCCCCAAAUCCAAGCAUUCCCAAGAACAGAGAAAGAUCCUGUCUUUGUUUUACAGCCUUUUCAACCCUAUGCUCAACCCUCUGAUCUACAGUUUGAGGAACACAGAGGUAAAAGGUGCCUUGAGACGAGUUCUUUGGAAACAGAGAUCACUGUGA